UGUUUCAAUAGAUGGAAUGGAUUUUUUCUUGAUUGGAAUAACAUAAUAUUCAAUAAUCAACAUGAUGGAAGAAGAUCAUAGUUUGGUCAAGAAAAUGUGCAAACAAUUGUAUACACUGAAAGGUCAAGCACUGAGUUCUUCCAGUGGUGCUGCCGUUCAGCCAAAGAGAAAAGGAAAAAGGUGCACACACAGGCAAUGGUCUGGACCAGAAAAAAAGUUUGUAAUGGAGAAUUUCCAUAACUCCAUUAUCAGUGGAUCAAUGAUUGGUGUUGGCAGGAAGGAAUGUGAAGCUGCUUUGGCCAAAGCUGGACCAUUGCUGUCAACAAGAACAUGGGUGCAGAUCAAAUCAUGUGUAAAAAACAUAAUUGACAGGAAUAGGAGGGAGGAAUUAAAGAGAUGUAGAAGAAAAGACAAUAAAUAG